UUCAUGCCUAUCGUCAUGUAAACAGAAACAAGAGACGCUUUUAUUUAAAUAUAUUGUAUAUGCUAUGUAACGUAGUUCACACAUACUUUAUCUAACACUUUACUGAUCUGCUUAUUUUAAAAAUAAAAUAAUUCAAGUGUUUGAAACGGGUCGAAAUAGCGGAAUUAAACAAAAAUAAACACAAGGACAUAAGAGAUAUGGAGUUUUUGUUUCGAAUAUACAUCGUUUACAUAAUCCUCCGUGGAAUAAAUGCAAAAGCUUGCAGCAGUGAUAAAGACUGCCUUUUUGCAAAGGGCAUGAUUUGCGAUCUACAAAACUUUCAAUGUAUAUACCCUUGUAGCACUGAUGCAAACUGUACCCAGGAAAUCAACAUGACUUGCAAUCUACAAAACUUUCAUUGUAUAUACUCUUGUGGCAGUGAUGCAGACUGUCCGAACGUUAACAACUUCACUUGCAGCAAUGUCAAUGAAUGCGAGUGUCCACCUAAUUAUUUCCUAUAUGACAAUUAUUGCUUUUACGAUUGUGGAGUUCCGCCAGUUUUUGAAGUAAAUGGAAUAAACUUCGACUAUUAUAUUAUCUUCAGUGUUGAACGUUAUUCUUUAUUUUAUGAUUGUCCCUCCGACGAUAUGCCCGUGAGUAAAAUCAUGAUAUGUCAAGAAGGAGGCUGGACCGAAAUGACGUCAAUUUUAUCCUGCUUACGUGAUUGUCAGACAGUUCCGGUAAUCGCUAAUGGACUAAUUACUCUUACACAAGAUGGAUAUACCCUGUAUGGAACAAUAGCGAAUGUUUCAUGUUCAACAGGAUAUAACGCUACAGUAGAUGUUAUACAGUGUCAUUAUUCAUUCGGAACAUGGGAUAAUGCAGCAUGUAAUUUAAUAGAUUGUAGUGCUGCCCCAAAAGUUGCAAACGGAAACGUAGCUUUACUCGGAGAUGGAAAAACAACAUAUGAUGCAAUAGCGGAGAUAACCUGUGAGACUGGUUAUAAAUCUUCUGUACAAACAAUACAGUGUCGUGAUACCGGGGUCUGGGAUAUUGCUACAUGCGAUUUAAUUGAUUGUAGUACUGUCCCAAAAGUUGCAAACGGAAACGUAGCUUUACUCGAAGAUGGAAAAACAACAUAUGAUGCAUUAGCGGAAAUAUUCUGUGAGGCUGGAUAUAAUUCCUCCGUGCAAACCAUACAGUGUCGUGAUACUGGGGUCUGGGAAAAUGCUACAUGCGAUUUAAUCGAUUGUGGAGAAUUAGGUCCCCUUGGCAAUGGUGAGAUUGACAUCUCUGCUGGCACUAAGUACAAAGCAACGGCAAAUUUCAGAUGUAAUGCUGGAUAUGAUAUUUAUGGUGCUAAUACAAGCACAUGUUUAUAUAAUGGCUCUUGGAGCGCGCCAGUUCCAUCUUGCUCUAUCAAAGGUUCAAUAUCUAGAACAUGCGGUGCUGGAGGGGUGUGGAACUUGUCCCAAUAUAAUUGCGUUCGUGAAUCGAUAAUAAAAGUUAAUGAAACGGUAUCAACGCUGAGUAAAAAUGCAACCGGGGAUGAAGUUGAUACUGUCUUAGAGGAAAUUUUAAAAGUGACAACCGUAAAUGAAACAACUGAUAACAACAGUACUUUAACUGAUGGAGAAUUAAGUGUUCUAUCUUCAUUGCUUGAGACAGUAGGGGAUGUGUUGGCAACAUCUUCAGGAAUCAUAAACGAAAACAUUACUGAUAAAUUCCUAGAAAUUGCGAGUAAUCUUGUCGAUGAGUCCAAUCAGGAGAGUUGGCAGUCUCUUUCUCAGUCGGAGAACAAUGAUGCGUCAGCAAGGGUGCUAAAGGCAGUUGAUUCCUUGGCUGAGGUCCUGAGUAAUUCCACUGAUGAUGGUCCCGAAAAUAAUGGCACCUUAAUCGUGAAGAAAAAUAUUGCGAUUGAGGUCAAAAAGGUUUCGAACAAAGAUGUUUUAUUUCCGGAUCCAGACAAAACAGUGUCAGAAAAAGAUGAUGCCAACGCCGACUGGUUUAAACAGGCCAGGAGCAGUUUACGCUUAGAAACAGCCGCUUUGAAAAAUAAAUCAGUGCAAUACGCUACAACAGCCGUCAUGUAUAGAGAUUUGUCGAAAAUCUUGCCAAACAAACGAAGCAAUACAAAUAACAAGGCGGAUGAUACUGAUUAUAUUAUAAAUGCACCCAUUCUUUCGUUGACAAUUUCACCACAAUUGGAUAAAUUGAACCCACCACUCCAAUUAAAUUUUACUCAUGACAUGACUAAUUUCUCCAAUCCAUUGUGUUCGUAUUGGGCAUUUCCAAAUGGUAACAUUGGACAAGGCUUUUGGUCUUCAGAGAGGUGUUUUGUAAAAACUACAAAUACUAACUACACAAUUUGUCUAUGUGACCAUCUGACCAACUUUGCUGUUUUGAUGAGCCCUUUCUUGGUGGCAGAUGCAGCAUCCAAAGCACUCCGAAUAAUUUCUAUGACCGGUAUCGGGAUCUCAAUAGCUUGUUUAACAGUAACCCUCAUCGUUUACAUUUUCUUUUGGAAGUAUCUGCAGAAUGAUCGCACCACUGCCUUGAUAAAUUUGUGUGUAGCCCUUUUACUUUCCUACAUUCUAUUUUUGGCAGGAGUCGACAGAACAGAAAGUAGUGUCGCAUGUGCUGUUAUUGCUGCUGUGUUACAGUAUAUAUAUUUGGUUGUGUUCUGCAUUAUGCUGGUGGAAGGCAUUGGAAUAGCUAUCACUGUACUAUAUGUGUUCAAAACAAAGUCAAGAAUAAGAAUCAUGCUUAUAUUUGCUUGGGUGAUACCUGCCAUUAUUGUGGGAAUUUCUCUCGGUGCUACACAAGCUGAAGGCUAUGGCAACGACAAUUUUUGCUGGUUGUCAGUUGAAAAUGGCUUAAUUUGGUCCUUUAUUGGACCUGCAUUAUUUAUAAUUACUUUCAAUGGAAUAUGCUUAAUUAUUGUGAUUCGCAUAAUGUUCAAAACUAAAGCAAUGGAGACGAAGACAGUUUCGGAAAAAAUAAAAACAAGCGUCUGGUCAUUGUGUGUGCUACUUCCUAUUAUGGGGGUGUCCUGGAUUCUAGGAAUAUUCUACGUGAAUGAUACCUUAAACUUCAUUCAGUAUGUAUUUGCAAUACUAAAUGGACUUCAGGGAUUUUUUAUACUUUUAUUUCAUUGCCUCCUGAAUGAACAGGUAAAGAAAGCUAUUCAGCUCAGAAAUAGACGGAGAUCUUCGUCUUAAGAAACAUUGAAAACCACGUGAUAAUAAAUGCUCAAUACCCUUCGCCGGAUAUGAAGUUUGCAACGCCGAUGGGAUAUUUUGGAAAUGGAAGACGAGCAGCUUCUUUUUAUGUUGAAUCAUGUGACAAAUGAACUAGAAAUAUUUCAAAAUCAGCUUCAAACGCCUUACAGAUAUCCAGUGACCUUAUUAAUGUUCAGCAAAACUUUGAUAAUAAAGACACGAUUCCAUGUGCACCAUUGUAAAAUGAAAGCCAUUUAGUGUUAUAAAGUGUGGACCUUUUCUAUUGUUUCUUGAUCGUCCAUAUAAACAGAAUUAUUCGUGUCAGCCAGUUCAAGAUAGUCCUAUACCCUAAAUGUUGCUUAGUGCGAUUUUUAAUAUGUGCAAAGAUUAAUUUGUUUUUACAAUUGUUAUCCAAAGCAAAAGUUUCGUGUUCAUAAAUUUAAAAAAAAAAACCCGGCCCAUUACCAAAUAAACUCAAAUCAUUCUGUGACAAUUAACCUAAGGAAAGUUCUGCUCAUUGCCAAGGCAUCGACAUCGUAGGGUUAGGUUAAGGGUUUGGUGGGAUUAUAUAAAAUAUCAUUUAUUUUACGCUUGACAAGAUGUAAACGAUUCAUAUAUAUCAAACUUUAUACCGUUUUACAUAUACACAUCAAAAUCAUCAGUGCUUCAAUGUCAACGCACAGCGGGAAGGGGAUUAUAGAAAUGGAAUCCGUAUGUCCGUCUAUCCGUCUGUCUUUCCGUUCAUCUGUUCGUAACACUUUCAUGUCCGCUCCAUAACUUUUAAACCGUAUAAUUUUUUUAAAUAACUUAGCACAAGUGAUCACCAUUAUGAGCCGAUGUGCAAAGCCCAAUAAUUUGGUUGCUACCCCCAAGGUUAAGGUCACGCUAGAAUGUCAAGUGUUAAAAUUGUACAUUUCUUGCCUGCUUAAUAACUUUUAAACUGCUGAUUUUUCUAAAUAACUUUUGCAAAUGAUCACCAUUUUAAGCCAAUGUGCAGAACGCAAUAUUUGGGUUGCUACACCCAAUGUCAAAAUCACACUUUAAAGUCAAUAGUUAAAAAGUCAACAUUCCAUGUCCGCUUCAUUACUUUCAAACUGCUGAAAACUUUUUGAAAUGACUCGGUACAAGUGAUCACCAUUAUGAGACGAUCUGCAGAGCGCAAUUAUUGGGAUGCUACCCCAUAUGUGAAAUUUAAAUGUUCUCCAUAAUGUCUUGACUGUAUGAAAUAUUUGGAAUUACUUGGCACAAAUUAUAACUAUCAAGGUCAAAGUUUGGUUAAGGUCAAGCUGUAAACAUUCAUUUUCUCUGCGGAAGCGGAUUAAGCUGUCCUUCAGACUGCCUUGUCUCACCUUGUCAUUAAUUUUGCGAUAUAGAAGAAAUUAAUAUUUUUUGAAAAUUAUAUCAAUUUUUCCUCAUACUAAAUUAGAAACGCAAGCGAUUUGAUUUGUAUAAUGAUUUCUGUUUUGUUUUGUGGCUGCGUACUUUUACUUGUAAUCAUAUUAGAAUGAUCAUAGAAUGACGUCAUCAGUUUUGUGUUGAACAUUGCUCUCAUUUCAUUUCUAACAUAAUAAAUGUUUCCUGUAAGAAUUUGUUUCUGAUUUAAUAUGUUUUUUUAAUGUAUUUAUUAUUUUCUGUUCAAUUAACAUUUAGCUGCUAAACGUAAAACAAUCUGAAUAUACGCUUCUUUUUUGGUCUAAGUAACUAAUGACAAUUUACUACUUGCAAUUCUUAAUAUGCCAAUACUUUGUCCUUAUACAUUUUUACUUUUUGCAAUCAUUUAUGAAUAAUUAUGUAUUAUACAAUAAAGAAUCAGUUACAUAUUUUCUUUACUGUAUCUUUUUUCAUUUUUUUUGUAUCUUUAUUCAGUUUUAUUAUGUGAACUUCAUUGUUGUAAGAAACGAAUAUCUUACCUUUUUAAAAUUUAAAUCCCGUUGACCUGGAUUAUUAAAAGUAAUUUUAGCGAACUUUAACCUUUAUUAUCAUACUAAAUCUACAAAGUUGUGACAACUGAUUCUGAUCACGUGACAGUUGCCAUCUGUUUGUAUAAUGUCUGUAUCGUUUUAAAGAG